UCCAAACUUCGCUUUCCUACAAAUUUAGCUCUGCAAGCAUCCGCUGAAGCUUGUUUCUCGAAAAUUACAUUGCGAAGACUUCUUUGCCAAAAGCUGCCCCGCGAUUUUGUUCUAGCGCGGCGUGCAAUUCUAGAUAUCCGCUCGACCGCUCCCUCAAGGCGCAACAACGAUCAGUCAUCGUGGAGCAAGAGCGUUAUCAAGCCCGCCGAUAACGAAAGUUAGACUGCCGCCAGGUCACCCAACCGCCACCUAGGUACCGAAGCUUCAACAAACCCACACGAAACCAACACCGCCCACCAUGUCCCUCGACGACGACGACAACCCCUCCCUGGCCCUGCCAGCCCCUCUCCUCUCCCCCUCCUCCUCAUCCUCCUCCCCCCUCCCCGCGGACCCCGCCACCGCCGCUGCCGCCGCCGCCGCAACAGACGACCUCACGGCGGAGGACCUGAUCGAGGACGAGGGGGCGGCGUCCCAGGACUUCCGGGCCUUCGCGGCGGCGCUGCAGUUCCGCAAGACGGCCGGCGUGUCGGCGCAGACGAUCCGCCGCGGCGAGAAGGACUUUGAGGCCCACGGCACCCGCGCCCAGGCCGACGCCCUCGAGCAGAGCCGCGCCGCCAUGCGCGACGUGCUGUCGUACACCCGCGUGCACCCGGCGGGGAAGCGCGGCGAUCUGGCGAGGGGGUGGUAUUUUCCGGCUUGGUGGGAGGGGUAUCGGGAAGAGGAGGUGGGGGGUGAGGAGGGUGGGGGUGGGGGUGGGAGUGGGAGUGGGAAGGAGGGGCGCGAGGGGGAGAAGAAGCCGUUUGGGUUCGUGAGGGAGAGGGUGGUGGUGCUGGAGGGCUCGUCCGUCGCUAGCCAGGCGCUGGGGAGGGCGGUCACGGGGCAGGCGAAGGACAGGCCUGCGAGGGGGAGGGAUUGGUUGUUGCCGGAGGAGGCGUUGUAUUUGGUUGAGAGGGGGUCGUUGGACCUGUGGUGGCCGUUGAAAGGAUUAGAGGAACUCUUUCCCCCGGAUGGGACCACCGAGGCUGUGAAGGAGGAGGGCGCAGAGGCGGAUGAGGUGGAUGAGUACGACGCCGGCUUCCCGCUCAGUCUCCAGGCGGCCUAUGCUCUCCUCAUCGGCAACGACGGUGAGCGAGGCAAGAUCAGCCUGCAAAAAUUCCAAGUCUACUCAAAUCUCAAACGAUGCGGCUACAACGUCCUGCGGGCACCGCCCACCGUCAAUCACCCUACCACAAAGCCAGCAACGACCACCCUCUGGCAAUGGUUCGCCUCACUCCUCACCAGGACCCCUCAUCACCCCCCUUACGGUCCGCUGGUCCAACCGGGCCUCUACCGUUCCUACGCCUCCAUCUACCGCCAAAUGACCCUCCUCCCACGCCACGUCCCCUCGGCAACAUCACUAACAACCACAACACAACCCGCCAUGCGCGACCCCUUCACAAUCCACUUCCACGUCUGGAAGUCGGCCCAGAAAUGGAGCAAACUCCGCCACCCGCCGCCGGACUUCCAACUCGCCGUCGUGGACGCGCAGGCGUCCGCGGUGCCGACGGGCGGCGAGAUCGCCGCGCUGCUGGGCGCCACGCCGCCGGAGCCGGGGAAGCCGGAGUGGGCGGGCCCCGGCCGCCUGUACGCGCGCCUCAAGCACGGCUACCGCAACGUGCUGGUCGCCGUCGUCGACCACGGCGUCAUCAACUACAUGCGCUUCGCCGAGGGCCGGUUCGGCGCCGAGGAGCUCUACGGGCGGUUUGAUCAUCACCGUGGUGGUGGUGGUGAUUGGGUUGGUGUCGGGUUGGCCAUGAUACCCGGCAACGUCAUUGUAGACUCAAUUAUUUCGUACUACCUACUUAAGUAGGUAGUUUUGACGUCUUGCAUGCCA